AUGGCCGACAUGGAAUCAUCCACGAGUAUGGGCAUGACGGGCGAUGUCCGGAGUGAGGUCAAGAAACCUAAGAAGAAGAAGGUCCUCCUCAUGGGCAAGAGCGGCUCCGGGAAGUCGAGCAUGCGAAGCAUCAUAUUCAGCAACUACAUCGCGAGGGAUACUCGACGCCUAGGCGCGACUAUCGACAUUGACCUCUCGCAUGUCAAAUUCCUCGGGAACCUCACGCUCAACCUCUGGGACUGCGGCGGACAGGAGGCUUUUAUGGAAAACUACCUGUCGCAGCAGCGAGUUCACGUCUUCUCCAACGUCGGUGUCCUGAUAUACGUAUUCGAUAUUGAAUCGAGAGAUGUCGACCGGGACAUGGCCACCUACGUGUCUAUCAUCUCUGCCAUGACACAGUUCUCACCCACCGCCAAGAUCUACGUACUGAUUCACAAGAUGGAUCUAAUAAGUCUGCAUGCUCGGGAAGCCGUCUUUGUCGACCGGGUGCGGUUGGUUCGGCAGAAGACUUCGGAAUUCAUCCAGGCCGCUGGGUACACUGCGGAACUGGACCUGAUACCCUUUGCAACCUCAAUUUGGGACCAGUCCUUGUACAAAGCAUGGGCCAGCAUCAUCCAUGACCUCGUGCCCAAUCUGUCUGUCAUCGAGUCUCAAUUGGGCUCGCUGGGUGUACUGAUAGAGGCCGAGGAGCUGCUCUUGUUUGAGCGAACCAGCUUCCUGGUGGUAUCAAGCUGGACAUCUGAGGAAGGGCAGGGAAACCCCACGGGAGACCGGCAAGAGCGUAUCUCGAACAUCCUCAAGCAUUUCAAGCAGAGUAUCAGCCGCUUUACUGGUACGCCCAGGAACGCCGAGCAGUUUACCCUGAUGGAACACAAGGCGGGCUCGAGAUUCUCCAUGUUUGCCUGCAAGUUUACGACUAAUACCUACCUCAUGGUCGUCCUCCCACCCGGGGAGGCUCGAUUCAACUCAGCAAAGUUGAACUGUCAGAUAGCUCGAGAGAGCUUCAAGUUUCUGGACGGCCCUGGACCGGUGUCAGGCCAAGCUCAGAGCCUCUCAUCUUGA